AAAUUCUAGCUCAUUUUUUCUAUCCCUCAGCGUUCCUCAUCCACCCUAUUCUCUUUGCCAUCCCUCUUUUGUCUCCCGUUCCCUCUUCGUAUCUUCCCCUCCCUCUUUCUCUCCCUUCCUACUCCCAGUCCUCUCUUUUCCUUUCACUUACAUCAAAUGUCCUUCCCUUUUCUCGUCUCCCCCUCUUCCUUCCUUUGACACCCUUCCCCUUCCCUCUAGAUUCCACCCGUUUCCUAUACCACAUCCCUCUCUUCCGCCGCCAUAUGGCUGGAAUAUUGCAGAGUGCGCGUAAAACUAAACUCACUUACUCCCUCUCUUCCAUUUUUUCCUUCCUGUCACACCCGACCCUCGGGUCUACAUCCCCUCCAUUUCAUUUAUCCCUUCCAUCUUUCUUUCAUUUUUUCCUUCCUUUCACACCGACCCUCAUGUCUAUCCCCUCUGUUUCCUAAAGCCCUCCCCCUCUCGUCCAUUUUCUUCCUUCCUUUAACACAUGUACCUCCCAUCGCCAUUCCAUCCGUUUCCUAUAUAUUCUACCUCUCUUUACCAUUUUCUUCCUUCUUCCUUCCUUUCACGUUACCAUUUCACUUUCCCUCUUUACUCCAUCUAUUCCCUUGUGAGUUGCCUUGAAUUCAUUCCGGAGCAACAGAUGUAUUAUUUAACGGGGUAAGGCGUGGAAAUUCGCAGUGCCAGCUAGUAACGCGUACUGCUGCCACUAUUCGAAGAUCGUGGGUUCGAAUCCCAGCCACAGCGUGAUUGAAAACCACUAACCCAAAAAGCCAUGACCUCUGUCAAAAUACCAGACGCUGGCGGAGACACUUUGACCUUUCUACAAAUCCAAGGUCGUCUUUAUCCAUCCUUUCCCCCUGAAGCAUUCAUGAGCAUGAACACGUUCAAGAUGCGCCGUGAUGACGUCAUAGUGUGUGCUUACCCAAAGUCAGGUACUCACUGGGUUUGGGAGAUUGUGCGCAUGCUCCAGGCAGGAACGACGGAAGUGGAACCCGCUGAGAAGGAUGACGGGAUGAUGGAACUAUUUGAUCAGGAUCAUUUCGACCAACUUCCCUCUCCUAGGGUUCUCAAUUCGCACUUGUUGUUCACGCAGCUACCCCCGGAAGUCACUCAGAAGAAGAGCAAGUUAAUAUUUCUAUCAAGAAACCCUAAGGAUCUGUUCGUUUCUUACUACCAUCACCAUACGGGAUUAGCGGACCUGUACAACUAUAGUGGGAAAUGGAAGAAUUAUCUCCCCUUAGUAUUAGACGGAAGAGUGGACUACGGGUCGUGGUUUGACUACAUGCGUGAAUGGGAGAAGGCGAUACAGAACAACCCGGACGUCCCAGUUCUGUCUGUUAUGUAUGAAGACAUUAAAGAGGACCCGUACAAGGAGGUGCGGAAGAUCUCCGACUUCCUGGGAAAGAACUAUCCAUCCGAUUUCCUGCACAGGGUCUGUGACAGCUGCAGUUUCAGCAGGAUGAGAGAACACAAAGGGCAGUACGACACCUCUCCCGACGGCCUGCCAGUAAUGUACAGGAAAGGUCAGGUCGGUGACUGGAAGAAUUGGUUCACCGUGUCAAUGAGUGAGUGGUUUGACAGGGUGUACGUCGACAAGAUGGAGGGAUCAAAACUCAAGUUCAGAUAUACGCUGGAAGACUAAAACACACAGAGCAGCAAAGUCUUAUCACAGCAAUAGGCACAGGCGUAAAUAAGCCUCAUAUAAAUUUCAUGAGAUCAUCGUUGCUAUAGAUCGCUCGUGUUACUCGUUUGGUACAUAUUGAUAGUAAACUAGUCUAAACUUUUACACAAAUCAACAGGUGUUUUUUCUGCAAAAAUGUCAUCAAAUGUUAAAUCGAUAUUGAGUGUGACCACCAUUGGCUUCAAUACACGCCAAAGCACAAAACAGUCGUUUUGUAUUUUAUGCAAUGUUUAGGCGAUUCGUUAACUUGUUUCGCCGUUUGUUCCCGGAAAGGAUGCGUCUGUAUUAGGGAUGCAACGAUAC